AUGUACCGAUGUACCCGUACUUUGCUCGACUUGGCUGCAGGUACCGGACCAUGCAUUGCAGGGCACCCACGUCGUCCCCCGUCCAUCUCUGCCUUGUCCGCACAAGCUGUUGCUGUUGCUGUUGCUGUUGCUGUUGCUGUUGCUGUUGCUGUUGCUGUGCGCAUCUUAGUUGUCUUCGGGAAGCACUGGACACCAACUGGAUGCAGCUUCUUGUUCGUGCCGUACUGGGUGCUAGGUGUGCAGGGUGUGCUAGGUGAUGGGUGCUUGAUGUCGUUUGCGUUCCCGCCCAACGCCACACGUCUCACGUCGUCCCAGCUCGAUGCACCCAAACGCAGCUCGGCCGAGGCACUCACUCAACUGCUUGCUUUAUUGCUUGUGGUUGCUGCUGCUGCUGCUGCUGCUGCUGCUUUGUGCUCCAGGUCUAGAAAUGAGGCAACCAGGGGUAAAAUCAGAGAAUCAAGGGCCCCCUCCAAUUGCCCCCCUCCCGUGUUUGUCAGUUUUGCCGCAGAACGUGGUAUCGUCGCCUCUACCCCCGACAAGGAGAUCCACGUCGGAGGCUUCGCCUUGGCCUGCGUAGCCUAUGUUGGUGCGCCGUCCGUUCUGCUUAAAUGA